CCCCAAGGGUGGUGCGGAAAACCGUAAAAAUCAGGCUCUACACAUUCUUCUACUUUGCAAUUCUGUGGAAGAAGACUUCGUGAUGAUAGUCGUUUCGUUGCAAUUGGUACAAUGUUUUCUGGCAGUGUUUCCAUGUAUAUCGCUUUUAGUUUACAGGCAUUAUUGAAAUCGGUCACGACAUACAAGCAGACGAGCAAAUGAAUGGUGUUAAUCGAAAGGAAGGUCUUAUUUCAAAGUCUAAACGAAUGGAAGUCAGUUAUUGCAGCAACAACAAGGAAAGGUAAGCCCGAAAUAUAAACACAUGAAAAUAAUCGAGGCAUGUAGGGAUACAGUCAAGUGAACAUACGAAUCUAAACAGCUAAAAAUAGUUCUUCCGCCAUCCAUCUCCCGGAAGGAUAAAGGUUGAGUUAAAAAGAUUAUUUUUUAAAUAUUCUUUUAAUUUACAUAAAUCAUUGUUUGAAAUUAAUAAAUGAAAGGGUAAGAUAAACGUAAUACAUAUAUAUAUACAUAUACGCAAAUGGAAUAAUUUAUCUAUUCACAACAACUUGAAUCAAGACGGCCAGGAGGGAACUUCAAGCUAUCUUAACUAUGGGCUAAAAAUAUCAUCGAUUUUUUUCACAUAAAUACAAAUAUUUUGGAGUUAUUACCGGGUUGGAUGGAUGAAUUGGACGCCAAUGAUGUCUCAUUGCUGAAAGCUGUCAAGUUGCUCCGUUGGAUAACCGAACAACGUGUCAAUAAGUCGGCUGUAGAGGAAUUAAAGAAGGAAAAAAAGAUUCAUGAGAUUUUUCACGAGAAUGAAAAAUUCAAAAAGAACAUUGAAAAGUUUAAACAACAACUCAAAAGUCAAAGAAUCAAUUUACGCUGGAAGUUGGCCACCGAAGAAAGUGUGAUUAAAUCGCACGAACAAAACAUGGCCUUGACAAAAGCCCUUACCGAUCAACGUAUUAAAGAAGAAAUGUUAACUUUACAGUUGAUGAAAUCCGUGGAUUGA